AUGUCCUAUGGUAGUUUACCGGACGUUAUGAAUACUGCAGCUAAUUCCCUAGAAACAAUGUUUCUCAUACAAAGAGCGAGGAACAAUGUAAAAGGCUGGUACUUUUACUCGUUUUCUAGUGAGCCUUUCACUGUCUCUGCCGUCGCAACUUAUAUCCCUCUAUUGUUAGAGCAGUUUGCUAGAAUAAAUGGCGUUUCUGUGGAUGAUCAUUCGGUUAAGUGCUCAACGAGUCACGACAAAUGUGUGCUAGGUCUAUUCAACAAUUCUGUUUACAUUGAUACCUCUAGUUUUGCGCUAUACACGUUCUCCCUUAGUGUGCUAUUUCAAACUCUGUUAGUUAUUACAGUUUCUGGUCUCGUUGAUGUUUGGAAGACAGUGAGAUUCAAGAGAAAAAUUCUUCUAUUCUUUGGUUUUAUUGGUUCCCUAUCGCUAGUCCUUUUGUCUCAACUCAGAGUCGAUCAAUAUUACUUGCUGCCAAUUCUUUGCGUCGUAGCUAAUUCUAGCUACGGCGUGGUGAAUGUGGUUGGGAACUCUCUUUUGCCUGUCUUUGUCUCUGAUCUUAUCAAAAUUGAUCCUGUUGAGACAGCAACUGAUCCUGAUGCUCUUACAAGCGCACUUAGUGGAUGCGGAGCUAGCAUUGGGUACUGCAGUGCUUUACUUGUGCAGAUAAUUUCUGUCCUGCUAGUGAGGAAGAGCGAAUCUCAUGAUAACGUCCAAUGGGCCGUAUUAUUUGUUGGACUCUGGUGGGUAACAUGGCAGUCUCCAAUGGCCUGGUUGUUGCAGGAUGUGGACCCCAUUCUUGCUGAUGAAACUUUGAACCAUGAAAGAGACGCCAAUUCCGGCUUUAGGUGGCAUUAUAUGAAAUACGGCUGGAGUUCACUCUUCAAAGCCUUGAAGCACGCUAGCCUGCUAAGGGAUGUGGUAAUCUUUUUGAUUAGCUGGUUCAUUAUCAGUGACUCUGUAACCACAAUCAAUUCUACAGCAAUUCUUUUCUCCAAAACAGAGCUGAAAAUGAGUACUUUGAGUUUGAUCGUCAUCAGCAUACUGACAAUGCUAAAUGCCAUCGUAGGCGCAUAUCUGAUUCCGCGCCACGUUUCAUCUAAGUUCAACUGGUCAGCUCAGUCAACAUUGAAGUACAUCAUAUGUUGGGCAAGUGUGAUCCCUCUGUAUGGUAUGCUGGGUUUUAUUUUUAACAAUAUAGGACUGAAACAUCCGUUUGAAAUGUACAUUAUGGCUGUGUGGUACGGUAUCUCGUUAGGUGGUCUGUCGGCGGUUUCGCGUUCCGUAUUCAGUUUGAUUAUUCCCAAAGGUAAUGAGUCUACCUUCUUCAGUCUUUUUAGUAUAACAGAUAAAGGAUCGUCAAUCGUUGGUCCUGUGUUAGUUGGUUUUCUCACUGACAGAACACACAACAUUAGGUAUUCCUUUUAUCUGUUGUUUGCUCUCCUAAUGUUCUCCUUACCUAUCAUCAACAUGUUAGACGUAGCCAGAGGCAAACAUGAAGCCGAAGAACUCAGUCGCAUUGAGAGACUAAUCGAGGAUGACUCGAAUGACAUAUCGUAG